AUGACGCGCCACGAUGCUGAGGAGACCAUCAAGCGCAUCCGCAGCCACAAGGGCGUGCAGGCCGUGUUUAUUAUGAACGAGGAGGGUGUACCCAUUUACUCCAGCACGAGCGACGCAGCGUUCGCCACUGACCACGCGUCUCUCAUCUCCCAGUUGGCAGCUAGGGCCAAGGCCACGAUCCACAGUCUGGAUUCGACCAAUGACAUGACGUUUCUGCGCCUUCGCUCCAAGAAGCACGAGAUCCUGAUCGCCCCUGACAAGGAGUACGCACUGAUCGUUAUCCAAACUGUAAACCUGGGCGCUGCUGAACUUGACACCCACGACGGUAGUCACGCAUCGUAG